AUGGCAAGGAUUUCAGGGAGGUUUCAGAGGGUGGCAGAGGCUUUUGACGCUGAUGUGGCGCGUGUGAAGCUCUGCGAGAGUAGCGGGAGCGAGCACUCGCCAGAGAGUUUAACCGAUUUGUCUGAUCUCGUGAAGUCUUUCAUGGAGAAGAACGAGAGAGAAGGAGAAGGAGAAGAUGUGGGUGUUGUUCUUCAACGUGAUGAAGAUCAAGAAAAGGGUGAUGAAGAAGAGGUUGAAAAAUCAGUGACGAGGGAAAUGUUGCAGGGUUUGUUUGCUGGGAAUGAAGUUGAUGACGAGGAUGAAAGGGACGCGAAAGAAAAAAUUAGGAGAGAGGUUGAACUUGCAUGUGGACUUGUUGGGGAAUAUUCCUUGCCCGGAUUCAAACGCCGCUUGAUGUCUCGGUUGCGGGAGAUAGGUUUUGAUGCUGGGCUUUGCAAAUCCAAGUGGGAGAAAAAUGGAAAUUUAACAGCGGGUGAUUAUGAAUACAUUGAUGUCAAUUUUUCGGGAAAACGUUACAUAGUUGAAGUGUCCCUUUCUGCUGAGUAUGAAAUAGGUCGUCCCACAAAUCAAUAUUCUUCCUUGCUAGAUGUUUUCCCACUGAUAUUUGUUGGUAAAGUGGAAGAGCUCAAGCGGGUUGUGAGGUUCAUGUGCACUGCUAUUAAAUGCUCCAUGAAAAGAAUGGACUUGCACAUACCUCCAUGGAGGAGGAAUGGGUACAUGCAAGCCAAGUGGUUUGGUUCUUACAAGCGAACAACUAAUGUAGUUGCAACUAAAAAGGAACCAUCACAUUUGUCUGCUGAGUCUUUAUUUCCUAAAAGGUUGAUUGGAUUUGAAGCACGGCUUGUGAAAACACUCAAUUGCAGGGAUGAUUAUGUGAGCAAUACUGGGUUCAGAAUCGGCUAUUUGACAGCUGUAUUUAAUUCCGAUAACUUUGAUAUGCAAUUAUAG